GUUCUGAGGGGACGGUCAGGAUGUCCCAGAUGUGGAUGCUGAGAUGGGUCAUCCUACUGGCGGGCCUGCAGUUCAUACAAGCAGGCUUCAUGUUAGAUUAUGGAGAUUAUGAUUUUCAUCUGAACAAAGUGGAGCUAACAACACCUCCAACAACUCCAGUUCCCUUCUAUCAGAGUAAUCAGCACAGCAGCAUGUGUAGCACAUGGGAGAGUUUCCACUUCAAGAUGUUCGAUGGGGACAUUUAUCAGUACCCAGGCUUGUGCGAGUAUAACCUGGUGUCUGACUGCAUAUCAAAACAGUUCUCAGUUGAUGUGAAAAGAGCUCAAACCAGCAGAGGCCCAAAGAUCAGCAGUAUCGUGGUUAGCAUCAAUGGCAAAAUGUUUUCUAUCAGCGAAAACAAGGUCAUGAUCGAUGAUAAAAUUACAAAGCUGCCCGUGUAUGAAUCAGGGAUCCUUAUAGAAGAGAACACAAUCUACACCAAUAUCCGAUCCAAAAUAGGCCUGACGGUCAUGUGGAGCAGAGAUGGGGCAGUCACGGUUGAGCUGGACAAUAAAUAUCAAAAUAAAACCUGUGGAUUGUGUGGCAAUUUCAACGAGAUUGGUGAUGAGUUCGAUAUAGCAGAAAACACCAGAAAAAUGGGCUACAUUGAGUUCGGGAAUAAACACAAAAUUAACUCAAUGGAAUCUUGUGAAAAUCCUUCUGAGAUAGAUGAAAAGAAAUACUGGACAGCUAAUUGUGGACGUUAUCGAGCAGAAUGUGAAGAGCAUUUCAGAGCUGAAGCCUGGUCCUCUUGUGCCGUGAGCUAUUAUCCAUAUGUAGAUGCCUGUGUGUAUGAUAGAUGCUUCAGCGAGAAUUCUUCAGUCUGUGCAACUCUGUCUGAAUAUUCACGUCAGUGUUCACAUAAUGGAGGAACUCCAUCAAGCUGGAGAACAAAAAAAUUCUGUGCUGUGGAGUGCCCUUACAAUAUGAGCCAUUCUGAAAGCGGCUCCCCCUGCAUAGACACGUGCUCACAUGUAAACACAAACAAACAGUGUGAGGAGCACAAUAUCGAUGGCUGCUUCUGUCCACCAGGAACUGUGUUUGAUGACAUCUUGAACAUGGGAUGCAUCCUACGAGAGCAAUGUCACUGCAAGCACGACCGCAUCUACAAACCAAAAGAAGUCCUACAUGAAGUAGAGCAAGAUUGUGUGUGUCAGAAUGGAAAAUGGAGCUGUAAAAUAAAAUCGGUUGUUGGCCGGUGCGCAGUAGAGGAAGGAUCUCACUUCACCACCUUUGAUGGGCAGGAAUUCACUUUCCAUGGAGACUGUAAAUAUGUGCUCUCUAAAGACUCUGAGGGGUCAAAGUUCAUCAUAUUAGGACAGAUUACUCCUUGUGCUGCCCUUAACAUUGACACUUGCUUAAAAUCAAUUGAAGUGAUAUUUAACAAUUACACAGUCAAUCGUCUGGUGAUUUCUGAAGAUGGGACAGUAAAACACAAUGGACAAGUUUUACUUCCAUACACCCCAGCUUCAUAUCCAUUCAUCGUUUUCAAUCCAUCAUCAUUUCACAUCCUGAUUGAUGUAAACUUUGGGCUGCGAGUGUUGGUACAGCUGGUGCCUCUCAUGCAGGUGUACAUUACUGUGGAUCAGAGCUUCAAGACCAAAACUCGAGGUCUCUGUGGAAAUUUUAAUAAAGUGCUGGUUGAUGAUAUGAAGACCCCUCAGGGAUUGGUGGAGGGUACAGCGGUUUCCUUCGCAAACGCCUGGAAGGUUGAGACCAACUGCCCUGACCGUUCUGAUAGAGAAGACAAUCCCUGCUCUUUCAACAGUGCCAGUGAGAACUUUGCUGAGCACUGGUGCUACAAGAUAAUGAACAAGAGUGACGUUUUUGCCAAAUGUCACAACAAAGUCAACCCAGAAAGCUACUACAAAAGAUGCAAAUACGCCAGCUGUACCUGUGCGAGGAGUGAGGACUGUCUGUGUGCUGUGUUUUCCUCAUAUGUCCGUGCCUGUAUGAUUAAAAAUGUUACGCUCAAAGGAUGGAGAGAAAAUGUGUGCGGCAAGUAUAUACAGAACUGCCCAGCCUCACAGAGAUACUUCUAUUACCUGAAGAGCUGCCAGCCUACCUGUCUUUCUCUUUCCUCUGAGCACACAAGCUGCAAAGCAGACUUUGUUCCUGUUGACGGAUGUGCGUGUCCAGAUGGACUCUACAAAGAUCAGGAUGGACAGUGUGUACCAAUUGAAAAAUGUCCAUGUUACAACGAUGGAAAGAUAGUCCAACCUGGAACAUCUAUCGACAUUAAUGGUCAACACUGUGUUUGUGAGAAUGGAGUGUUGCGCUGUGAGUCUGGGAAAUCUCAAAUUCUGGAGUGCGCUUUACCGAAGGUUUAUUUUAACUGCAGUACAGCUCGACCAGACCAACAUGGACUGAAAUGUGAACCAACAUGUAUGCGAACGAUGGAAGAUUGUCUUUCCCAGACAUGUGAAUCAGGCUGCCUGUGUCCUUCAGGUCUACUGGAUGAUGGUACAGGAAACUGUGUUGAAAGACAAAACUGCACAUGUCCUUAUAACGGACAACUUUACCUUCCAAAGUCUGAGAUAACAGUAUCCUGCAAUAAUUGCACUUGUGAAAAUGGAACAUGGAACUGUACAGAAAAUAAAUGUCCAGAGACCUGCACUAUAUAUGGAAGCGGACAUUAUAAAUCUUUUGACAAUCAAAGGUUUGCAUUCCACGGAUACUGCAGUUACAUAGCAGCUCAGGAUUUCUGUGGAAAUGCGACAGGACAGUUUCAAGUAAUCACUGAAAAUAUUCCUUGUGGAACAACAGGGACAACAUGCUCAAAGUCGGUCCUUAUUCAGUUGGGGGAAACAUCACUACGCCUUUCAGAUGGGACUGUAUCAGACCUUUAUAUGGAAAGAGACAUAUGGAUCAACACCAUUGGAAUGUACCUUGUCGUUAACACUGACAUUGGGCUGACAAUUUUGUGGGACCGCAAAACCACAGUCAGCAUCAUUCUGCAACCUUAUUAUACGGGUAAAGUAUGUGGCCUUUGUGGAAAUUUUAAUGGAGAUGGAAAAGACGACUUCACCACUAAAGGUGGUUUGCAAACUUCAAAUAUAAUUGAGUUUGUUGAGAGCUGGAAGCAGAAAACCCCUUGCCCAGAUUCUGCACCAGACUUUGACCCAUGCUUUAAAAACCCCUAUCGAUUGGCAUGGGCACAAAUUAAAUGUGCCAUCAUAAACAAGCUGGAUGGUGCAUUCAAAGAUUGCCAUUACAAGGUGGAUCCAAGCCCAUAUUAUGACAACUGUUUGAAGGACACGUGUGCAUGUGACACUGGUGGAGAUUGUGAGUGCUUGUGUACGGCUGUGGCAGCUUACGCUCAAGCCUGCAACAAGGCCGGUGUUGGUGUAGUCUGGAGAACUCCCGAGAUCUGCCCUGUGUACUGUGAAUACUAUAAUAUGAAAUAUGAAGAAUGUACAUGGCAUUAUGUUCCUGACCAUCCACCUUGCUACAAAACCUGUCAAAACCCUGAUGGUGCAUGCAACAACAGUUUACCCAACAUGGAAGGAUGUUUUCCAAAGUGCCCAGAUGACAAACCCUUUUACGAUGAAAUUAACAAUGUCUGUGUGGAGAACUGUUAUCCAACUACUACAACAUUUUCAACCAUCUCCGUUACAACAACUACUCUGACGCCAUCUACAGCAACAAUGCAUAUUGUUGUUGGAAAUACCACAACUACCACUCCCGUAACUCCGGUUCCUCAAAUUCUCAACACCACAACUCCUCUAUUUACAUCAUCUACAGUAGAAACAUCGUUUUCAACCAGUACAACUUCUGGCACAACACCUACUUCAACACUUACAACCACUUCAACACUUUCAACCACAUCCAUUACUGCUACACCAUCUACAACAUCAGAAAUAUCAUCUACAACUAGUAUAUCUUCUGGCUCAACACCUACUUCAACAGCAACAGCCAAUACUACAACUACU